GCCAGACAAAGCACGCCUCUGCCAUUGGCUCUCACGAGCAAUCGGCGCCUUGAGAUGCAAAUAAGGCGCUAUAAAAGGGGCGGGCGCCGCUGCAGGCGUGAGGACGCGGCGUAAGACGCCAGGGGGCGAGGGCGGCGGUGGCUGCGGGCCGCUGCGCUGCCAGGGGCGCGGGCGCACGGCGCUCCGGGAGGUGGAGGUCAUGGCUCCGCUUUUGGCGCCCGGCCGGGACCGUGCGGCCCGGGAGGAUGAGGACGGCUGCGAGGCGCGGGGGGACCGCAAGGCCCGGAAACCCCUAGUGGAGAAGAAGAGGCGCGCGCGGAUCAACGAGAGCUUGCAGGAGCUGCGGCUGCUGCUGGCGGGCGCCGAGGUGCAGGCCAAGCUGGAGAACGCCGAGGUGCUGGAGCUCACGGUGCGGCGCGUGCAGGGCGCGCUGCGGGGCCGGGCGCGCGGUGAGUGGCGGCGGGGCGCGCGGGCGGGGGCGCGUUCGCCUGGCCUGCCCCUGCCCGGGACCGAGGACUUCCCCUCCUGGAGCAGGGCGCGCCCCGCGCGUCUCCUGGAACGCGAGCAGCUGCAGGCGGAAGCAAGCGAGCGCUUCGCCGCCGGCUACAUCCAGUGCAUGCACGAGGUGCACACGUUCGUGUCGACGUGUCAGGCAAUCGACGCCACCGUCGCCGCCGAGCUCCUGAACCACCUGCUAGAGUCCAUGCCGCUGCGCGAGGGCAGUAGCUUCCGGGAUCUGCUGGGGGACGCCCUGUCCGGCCCACCGGGAGCCCAUGGGCGGAGCAACUGGCCAGUAGGAGGCGCCCUGGGGUCCCCACUGCCCAGCCCCCGGGGCUCCGGGGACGACCAGUCCUCCGACCUGGAGGAGGUCCCCGAGGCUGAACUGAGCCGGGCGCCUGCUGAGGGGCCGGACUUGGUGCCCGCAGCCCUGGGCAGCCUGACCGCUGCCCGCAUAGCCCAGAGUGUCUGGAGACCUUGGUGACCAACGGCAGCCUGGGGCCUAAGGGGUGGGCCCUGCCUUCCCAUGCUCUAGUCCCUCCUCCCUGGGGUCCAGGUAUCUGGACAGGGGUAGGGCCCUGGAUAUCUCCCAGUUCUGCUGCCCUCCUCCAGUGGGUGCUGCAGGGCAGUCCCCGAUAACCAGGCCAGCCAGGCCCCUGUUUCUUAAGGGAGCAACGUUUAUGGACCAUCCCCACCCCCACCCCCUGCCCCCCUAGCCCUCUGGUGGGUGGAGGGAAGGAGCUACAGGCAGGAGGAAGUAUCUUGCAGGGCUACCAGGUCUCUCACCUAUCCCAGACUUCUCAGGCACUGUGUGGGCCUGGGGGCAGAGGUGACAGAGUGGAGCUGAGCCUCUCCUGAGCGCUGGGCACGAGUGUCCUGGCAGCCCUGGCCAUUCAGCCAGGACGCAGGGGAGGCAUUCUGCAGCACUGCCCAGAGCUGCCAGAGGGAAGCAUGGCUCUCUGUAUGUCUUGUGUUUAGCACACUUGAGCUUGUGUAUUACGUUGCCUUCAGUUGUUCCAAUUCUGUUAAGUAAAGGGUUUUGGAGAGUUAGUUACCCUUCUGAAGUAUUGCUGAAUGCUGUGGUGUCAUUAAGGUGUCAAACGCACAAAGACUAAACCAAGCACAUUUUUUCCCAUAUCUAAUGCUGUGAGUGGUUUUAAAACUUCUGACCCUUUGUCAGCAAAGUAAGUAGUGUAAUGGCAGUGGAGAUGGGACACCCCGCGGCGUGGUCUCACGUUGGACGGUGUUUCUACCUCCCUACUGCCAGGCCAUUCCAGAUCGGUUUCCCCUUCAGGUCCCUGGGCCCGGCCUGCACUCCCUGGGAAUUGUGUGCAUCCUGGCGAUGGAAACCACUGCAUGGAGUUUGUCUCCAGAGUAACUAAGCAACAGGGAAACGGCCUGUCCCUGGACCAUUCUCUUGUUUGUGAGCUUCCAGGAAUAAAACGAAUGCCUGAUUACUA